AGUGUGGCAGGGUUCCCGUACAGGGCCAAGGUAAGAUUUGCCAGAGCAGUGAACCGCAGUUUGGGGUACACCCCCGACGGGAAGCCAGUCCAUCGCAGGGCACAUACACUCACACACACUGCAGGUUAUAAAGCAAUUUUUGGAUCAUAAAACAAUGAAAAACAACCAUUCUGAGACUGAUAAUGUGCACUACUGCUUCGAAUCCUCAAACGCUUCCUGCCUAAAGCACGUUUAUCCAACCACAAUACGAGCCUCUUUGUAUGUUCUGUUAGGGGCCACCGUACUCCUCACCGUGCUGGGAAAUCUCCUCGUCAUCAUUACUAUAUCCCACUCCAAACAGCUGCACACUCCCACCAAUUACCUCAUCCUCUCCCUGGCUGUCAGCGACUUCCUCCUGGGGGCAGUGGUCAUGCCGCCUAGCCUGAUACGCUCCCUGGAAACCUGCUGGUAUUUGGGUGACUGGUUCUGUAAGAUACACUCCAGUAUAGAUACUUUACUUAGCGUAGCAUCCAUCUUUAUGCUUUAUUUGAUUUCUAUUGAGCGAUAUGUUGCUGUUUCUCGGCCUCUGCUGUAUCACGCUUUGAUCACAACUCGUGUUGCAAAGUACAUGAUCCUGACCUGCUGGGUUCUUUCCACCCUCAUUGGCUUUGGGAUGGAGCUAAACAGCUUGAUAAUUCAGGAUGUUUACCUCACACAGUUUAACUGUGAGGGAAGGUGUACUGUGUUACAAGACAAGGCUUCAAGCAUAUUAUCUUCCCUUUUUGUUUUCUUCAUCCCAGGGUUAUUUAUGCUUGGCCUCUACCUGAAAAUCCUAGUUAUUGCACAUAAACAAGCCCGUUCAAUUCAGGUCACAAUUCUUACUAACAGGAUCCAUGAAAAAACUAGAAUCAUUCUGUCAAAGAUGGAGCAAAAAUCCACCAGGACACUGGGCAUAGUUACUGCUGUGUUCCUGUCCUGCUGGUCACCCACUUUUAUAUACAUUUUAAUAGAUCCAGUGACAAGUUUAUCCACACCUUACAUAUAUGACAUUGUUCAGUGGGUCGGUUAUUUGAAUUCAGGAAUGAAUCCAAUUAUUUAUGCUUUCUCAUUGAAGUGGUUUAGGCAGUCAAUAAAAAAGCUUUUAGGAAGGUUAUUUUUUUAAAAAAUUCACUAAUACAUUUUAGAAUUAAUUUGAAAUCUUGGUGCAGUCACUGUGGGAAUUUGUUUAUAGGUUUCCUUCAUAAUUUUUCCCCUUCUCACACAUUGAUAUUACCAAACCUCUGAUACUGAUUCCUGAAUCUGGUAAUAAUCGAUACUGGCUCUCUGCCUUCCAUGCCAGGAAAUAGCGCAUACAGAACAAUUUGUAAUAAUUACUGGUCUUUUGCAAACACUGCUAUAUGCCUUUUCUGUGCUGGAUUAUGUACUUUACGUCUAAUUCAACCUGAUUUUCAAGAUAUUUGGUUCUUUAAAAUUGGCAGUGAUAAAAUGUCAGUGCAAAACUGCGCUUGAAUGGUGAAAUUUAAAUUCAGCGCAAUUUUCAUGUACAUCGACAGUAAUUACUUAUCCCAAAGCACCCAAAUGUUAGAUACAUCAGUACAGACUGACAUACCAAUAUUACAAAUCAGAGUAGGAAAUAGCGAGAAGAUAAAGGACAGGAAACAGAAACUCAUUUGAUGUUUACAGGAUAAUAACCUGUGAGGGACCAAGACCAGCCGGCUGCUGAUGUACUGAUGCUUGUACCUGCAGAGCAGAGCAAGCAGCCUUGUUUGAAAGCUACAGUAGAAACAGGAGGACAGAGUGGUGAACCCUUACACUGCCAGACUGCUACAGACACUGCAAGCUGUACAGCCGAACCCUGAA